AAUUAAAUGUUAUCCUAAAAUACCCUCGCUAAGUACGUAUAUAUUGCGAAAUUACCAACCGCCAUAACUUUUUACUUGUUAUUGCGAGUCUCUCAAUAAUUGAAAAGUUAGGGUUUCAAUUUCAAUUUUGCAGAAUUUCUAAGGAUUUUGAGCUAUGGGUAAGAGGAAGUCGAGAGCGAAGCCUCCUCCUAAGAAGAGAAUGGACAAGCUUGACACUGUCUUUAGCUGUCCCUUCUGUAACCAUGGAACAAGUGUUGAAUGCAGAAUUGAUAUGAAGAACUUAAUUGGUGAAGCUGUAUGUGCUAUAUGCCAAGAGAGCUUCAGCACUACCAUCACAGCUUUAACUGAAGCAAUAGACAUAUACAGUGAAUGGAUUGAUGAGUGCGAGCGGGUUAACACUGUUGACGAUGACGGUGCAUGAAGGCAAGCUUUCGAGCCAAGAUUCUAGUUCCUAGCCAAGAUUGCUGUGCCAGUAUUCGAAUUGAUUAGCUGGUAUUGUUUUAGCUUUUUCGAGCUUGUAAUAUAUAGUAUUGUAGCCCUGGGCAGAAUCAUGAGGUGCAGAUAAAUAUCAGGUAUGUUUGUAAGACUGGUUAAGAAAUUUCUUGGUGAGCUCAAAUGUCGUCAUAAACGAGAUAGUGUUAAACCUUAUAUUGGAUGGUUUAAAACCUUCGGUAGCAAAUAAAUGUAUAUUGUUUGGUGCUAAA